UUGGCCGCCCCUAGCUUUCUUCCAACCUACUCCUAUACCACUGAACAUUGCACGUCGAGGUAGUCGGUCGUCGGGCAUACGUAACACGUGUCCCAGCCAUCUCAACUGAUGAAGUUUCACUACUUCAUCAAUCGAUUUGCCAUCCUUACCUAGUACCCGUUUCCUAACAACUGUGUUACUUACUCGAUGGUCCCAGGAUAUACGAGCAAUGUUUCGAAGACACCUAUGAUCGAAUACUAGUAACCUACGGAUAUCCUCUACUCUUACCGGCCAUGUUUCACUGCCAUAAAGUAGGACGGAACGAACUGCUUCACAGUAAACACGUCCUUUGGUUGAUAGACGGAUAUCUCGCCUACGCCAUAAAUGACGCAAGUUGGCAAAAGCUAGUCGAGCCUUCUGUAUCCGUGCUGAGGUUUCGUCACAUACCAAACCACAAGGGCUGAUGAGACUUCCAAGAUAAGUGAAGUGGUCGACACACUCAACUACUUCAUUCCCUAUCAUUAGUUCGGGUGUCGAUGUAACCCAAUCCUGAAGCAACAUUUUGCAUUUCGAGGGAGAGAAUCGCAUCCCAAACAUGCUUGCAUUGUUGCUUAGAAUGGUCAGAAGACUCUGCAUUUUGUCAGCGUCUUCACCAAAUAAAACUAUGUCAUCUGCAUAUUCUAAGUCAACAAGUGAACCUCCCGGUGUUCUCAUGAAUUAAACAUGCUUCAUUGGGUAUUGGUUCACAUAUCAUAAAAUAAGGCAAAUAAUUCAAUCAGUCAGGUAAGAUUGGUUGUGUAUUAUAUCACAUAGUAGUAUCUAAAAUUUGUAAUAUUCAUUUUACUAAGAGAUAUCAAAAAUAUAUUUUUUCUCCUCACUUAUAGUUCAGGUUCAUAUCUUUAAAGAUCCAUAAAUAAAACUAAUGGUUAUAUUAAUUGUGAUCUGAAAGUUUUUAAUGAUUACUUGUAUUUCAGUGAGCUAAUUUCUAAAUAUUAAACUAUUAUGUUUCUGUUUCAAGCUUUCAUUCACUUGAUAUACAGUCCUGACAGCUUGACAGAAUUAUCAAGUUUCAAGACCUUGUCCACAAACUUGUACAUAGUUGAAAUGUAGCGUUUACAAAAAUCUAAAUACUAUUUAUUUAACUCUAUAUCUUUGUAAUUGAUUGUAUACAUAAAAUGAAGUGAAUAAUCAGUAAAGCAUUUUAUAACUAAAGCUAACUAAUAUUAUAUUAUACUUACUUUCAAGAAGCAGCUUAUAAUAGGUUACGAAACGUAAGAAAUUUAAUUCUCUACUCACUGGGAUAUUACAAAUAAAUCAGAAUUUUCAGUGUUAGAAAUUGCUAAGUUCAUAAACACAUAAUUUAUAGGUGUGCAUAAAAAUAUUCAGAAUUUUUUCUGAAAUAAAAUUUUCAUGCUAUGUGAUAAUAAUAGGCUCAUUAGAUUCGCAUAAGCUUGCACCUGAUACAUACAAAUUUUAGUGUUAUUCGUAAGAAGGUAAUGAAAACGAAUUGUGACUUUAUAUUUCAUUAUAAUACACCUUUAUUGUAUACUUUUUGUGUAGACAUUCUAAAGACUAAAGAAGAAAAAGCUCGUGAAGAAGAACUAAUUGCUGACUUAUUGUGUGUGGUUGACAAAAGAGCUGAACUUUCAGAAUCCACUGGGGAUUUCAAACCAAAGCAUCGAGCAAGAUCAUCUAGCCGAAGAACCCUCGAAAGUAAAUUCAAACAAAUAUGCCUUAGUUUGCGACAUCCUAGUCUGUCGCAAACGAAUUUAUCAACCAUUCGGGAUAAAUCAUUGAAAAAGUACGGAAGUUGAGAGCUUCUACCAUAUCUCGAUUGAAAAACAAGACAUUUUUUCGAUAGAAAUUGCUAACUUUAUAAAAACUAUAUAUUCGUAUAGACCCAGCUCCGCAUCAAAUGGACUAUCAUCGCAUUAAUGGUAUUAUCAUGCAUGGACUUUUAUGCAUCCGGUAUACUCUGAGCUGUUUUUACAAACAAUUUUUAUCUGUUUACUUUUAUUUGUUAUCAAAUUGUUUUUCUUUAUUUCGAAAAUAGAUACUGCAAACAGCAUCUGAUACGUCUUAUGUUGUGUAAUAUAUAUUAACAAUACAAAUAAGUGUAUAGCUAAAGCGACGAAAAAUUA